GCGGUGUUCAACUACAUGCUUUUGUAUUUUUAAAGAGUGAAUCAAGAGAUGUUGGUGGCUCGCGAACGAAAAUAUUGUAGUGUGUGCCAUCAGUUAGGAGAUGGUUAUCACUUUGGGGCUAUCGCUUGCAAAGCAUGUGCCGCGUUCUUCCGUCGUACGACUUCCAUGAACUUGGCUCCAAAAUUCGUAUGCCGGAAAAAGAACGAAUGUGUGAUAAAAAUGAGCAGCCGGGAUAGCUGUAAAUCAUGUAGAUAUGCGAAAUGUCUUCACGUCGGAAUGAAUCCGGAAGUUGUUCAAGCAAUCCAACAAGCCGCAAAACAAGCAAAUUCACCUGGAAUCGAAAGCCUUCCAUCCUGUUCAUCUUCCCCUGCAUCAUGCAACAGCCCGAUUCUCAGUCUGGAACUCGGUGACUAUGACCAAAUGACUCCGACUCUGUGUGGAGUGAUGGAGAGCUAUCAGAAACUGUACAAGAAGCGAUACGAUCUACAUGCCCCGAAAUUGACACCAAGAGCCACAAACUACGGGGAGUUUUGCAAAAUCUACUCGAACGAUGUAUAUCUUCAAUUUGAAUUCUUGGAGGGCAGUUUUCCACAGUUUAAGGAAAUGGGCGGGUUUGAGAAGAAACACGUUUUUAAAUACUUUUUCGUAUCAUUUUUGAUUCUUGAAAUGGGAUAUCGGAGUUAUCAAGAAGGAACUGACGCAAUUGUUUUGGCAAAUGGAGAUUUUAUUGAUACUAUGAAUUUGGAUGAGUUUUACUAUGAUCCGGAGAGUCUAGAAAAAUGCAAACCUACAGACGCGAUGAAAAUGUACCGCCCGAACUUUGACCAGAUGAAACGCAAUGUGUUCCAACCUCUCUCACAUCAAAAACUAUCGCUUAUCGAGUUUCUCGCAUUGGUAUCCCUGUGCACGUGGAAUGAAUCACUAGAUGGUCAGCCGGAUUGUUACUAUCCGUCUUGCCGACCAGUACGACAGAGCGUGAUUGCAGACUUGAAAGCAUUUUACGAGAAAGACUCGCCAGACGUGGAUCCAGCUUACCGGCUUUCCGGGCUUCUGAUGUUACUGCCAGCUCUGGAGCGUUCCGUGGAACUAUUUCUUCAAACGAUGGAAGUCAAACGCCUUUUCCGCUGUUUUCCAUUCCACGACAAAAUCUAUAAAAUCAUUGAUGGACAAUAACUAUUUGAACCAGAUCUCUUCUUUUUACAUUCCAUUUUUAACCUUAUGUAAAUAUGACAUUUCACACUUCAAAUGUCCCAAACGUGAAAUUCUCAAGUUAUUUGAAAUUUGUGAGGUUCCAGAGAGUGCGUGCUUGGUACGAAAGUAUUGUUUUACAUAUACUUUUUAUACACUUUUUUGAAUAUAUUCGUCUACUAACAAGUUUUUUUUUUGAAAUUUUUGUACAUUGUAUGGUUGUAAAAAGUAAAAAAAUGUUGAAAUUGUAUUUUACACUUUGCCUUCUAGUUAUUCCAAAUUUUUUGGCACAAGAUAUGACGAAAGCUGAGAGUAAGUUCAGUAUUGUUUCAGAGUAAUGUGAAUAACUUUUUGUUCAACUAACAAUAAAU